GCUGUUCACGUGAUAGGACAGUAGCGUUAUCGUUGAUAGACAGUGACACAGCACUGGAAUUGACUCCCGGCAACUUCGAGCUAGGUUUUACAUUUACUUUUUUAUUUUACAGUUAUUACUAGCAUUUUAAACAGCCUGUAGCCUGAAUUUAUUCUUUCUCACAGUUCCACCACCAGAAGGUUUAUUAAACUUUUCUUUGCCACCGGGAAGCUAGCUAGCUGGGAACUCUGUAGUGACUAAGUAACUUUCUAAAAGGUUAGCUGCAUUGUCGUUUCGAAUAAAUCGUUUUGCGUUAUCAUGGACCAAACUGAUUCUUAUCCAGUAAAACUUUACGUUUAUGACCUGUCCAGAGGGAUGGCCCGUCAGCUGAGUGCUUCCAUGCUGGGGAGACAUAUUGAUGGUAUAUGGCACACGGGUGUUGUGGUCCACGGGAAAGAGCACUACUUUGGUGGAUCAACAGGCAUCACCAAUUGUCCACCUGGAGGCACCUUGUUGGGGCCGCCUGAUUCUGUAGUAGAUAUGGGCUCCACUGAAGUGCCUGAAGACCUUUUUAAGGAGUAUUUAACUUCACUGGGAGAGUCCAAGUACAGAGGUGCCAAUUACAACUUGUUUGAGAACAACUGCAACACUUUCAGCAGUGAAGUGGCUCAAUUCCUGACAGGCAGAAAGAUCCCAUCGUACAUCACAGACCUUCCAUCUGACAUCCUCGCCACACCAUUUGGCCAGGCUCUCCGUCCCUUCCUGGAUUCCAUGGUCAUAAAUCCUGGAGGCAACAACCUGGCUGGGCAAUGAUAGACCGAGUCGUGGAUUUUAGAAAAUAACUGAUAACAUCCCUGCAUGUGGCUGGCAAGUCACUUCUAUAUUUAAUCAGCCAUCACUUAUUGUUAUUGACUUUUAUGGUGUUAUUCAACAUACUCUGAGGUGUAUGCGAGGGGUGAAGGUGUGCUAAACUCUGUGGACAGGGGACUAAAAAUGGGUCUUAUACUUGUUUGUGUACAUUAACGUGUUUAAGAUUACGUUUUCUUGGGUCAGCAGUAGUGGUGCAACGGAUCAAAAAUCUCACUGUUCGGAUCGGAUCACAGUUUUAAGUCACGGAUCGGAUCAAUUUUCGGAUCGGCGAAAAAAGACAAAAAUUUAACAUUUACUUAUUGAAGUAUUUUUUGCCUGUUAAAAACAUUCAACUCAAGACUCAUUCCAUGCAAUUAUUAAAAAUAUAUAUAUAUUGGUACAAUAUAGGGCAGUAUAGGGCUUUGUAUCUACCACUCAAUUCAAUUCAUUUCAAUUGUAUUUAUAAAGCGCCACAUCACAACAACAGUUGUCUCAAGGCGCUUUAUAUUGUAAGGUAGACCCUACAAUAAUACAUACCGCUCAUUAUAUCGCACUCCGCUGUGAUAUAAUGAGCUGUCACGGUCACGUAGCUUUCCGUUGCCCUGGAGCUCCACCCAUUUGUAGUAGUUAGGGCAACAGAAGAUGCCUGGGACAGUUCAGCCGUAACUUUAAACUUUUCCUGCUCAUACAUGCUUGGAACGAUCUUGCCACUAAAGUUGACGUGAACGGGAUAUCAUAGCGUGGCUCAAGCACGUUGAUCAUAGUUUAAACCCCUUGUUUUGCACAACGGAAUACGGCCUCCCGUCUGCAGCUAAACACCCCAGUAGCUUUUGUAAUAGCUUUAGCCCGGUCGGACUGGGCAGCAAAGGGCUGCUUAAAUAUCGCAAACUCCUCUGCUCCUCCACUUGGACCGCUAUCGCUGGCCAUAACCAUCGCUGGCCAUAACCAUCGCUGGCCAUAACCAUCGCUGGCCAUAACCAUCGCUGGCCAUAACCAUCGCUGGCCAUAACUAUCGCUUGACAGACCCACCACGCGCACCAUACACAUACUUUUUUUUUUUUAAUUUUUUUUUUUUUCUUCGAAUCUUUGGAUCACGUCCGUGCUGAACCGUGGAGUGGGAUUGGUUCGGAUUACGGAUCAACCGUGAUCCGUUGCACCACUAGUCAGCAGGAUCACUAUACAUGCAUAUCCUCUGGAUUAGUAUUCAAAGUUGUCAUUUUAGAGGCAGGAUUCAUCCUCUCAUGCACUGCUACUUACGAGAGGCGUUUUCAACAGGUAUUGUCAUCCUCUCACAAGGUGCUCCAUUAUGUCUCUCUAUCAUUGUGGCAGUCUGUCACAAAGUUUAUUAUAGUUAGAUGACUGCUCAAAAAAAUCGAAUGAUGAAGAAUCCAUGAAUCGUACUAUCAUCACAUAACCAGCACUGGCCUUGUCUUCCAAUCUUUCUGUUUUAAUGUGUCUAAAGGAUGUCUCAGUUUUAAUCAUUCACACAGAUAAUGAUAAUUUGUAAUACUUUUCAUGGACAGCAGAUCUUUUUGUGUCUUUCUCCAGAGAUCUUGUGAGGCAGAGAGAUGGCAUGUAAGGACUCCCAAGUUAAAAUCUGACAUUUAUGGAUUUAAAGGAAACCUUUUCUUUGAUAUUUAUCUAUAUGUGAAGUUUUUAUAGUGACUUUUAAAAAUAAAAUUAGUUUAGGAACUACUCAAAUAAGUGCCUAGUGGCAUUUAAAGAUCACUGGCAAGGCUUAUACUUCUUGCUCUAAGACUUUAUUACAAAAAAUAUUCAUGUUGAAAAUGGUGGUGUAAAGACUCUGAUUGUGUUACGCUGGUAACAAAUUGCUAGAUGUGUAUCAAAAUGCACAAAGUGCCAGGAUGUAACAGGAUACUUUAAGUUCAGUUGUUUUGGCAGAAAUCCAAAUCUGAAUUUGAGUCCAAUGCCAAAAAUGAGGUAUUUGUUCCUUAGUCUAUUGUCACAUUUCGGUCAGUUUGUUUAUUUAACGUGCCAUGCUGUGUUCUGCCUUUUCUUCAGUGUGGGUGUGAAAUCGUUUCCACUUUUUCUGUCAGUCAUCCCAAUAAUGUAAAAGCUACUAACUUGAAUUUCAUGGAACUUGGUGGAGAGGGAGAAAAAAUGUAAUCUGGUGCCUUAAUUCUUUUUAUUUGUUUGUUUUUACCGUUUGUAUUCCUGUAGUUAUUAGAACAGGAUGCAUUUCAAGGCCAGCUCAGUUAAACCCGUUCUGCCGGCUCGUCAGGCUUUAAAAGUAUCGUUUGACCAAAGUUUUAUCUUCAGAAUGCCACGUCCAGGAACAUCUGAUGAACACAGGGAAUUAUAUAUUUUUAAAUUCAGGACCACUCAGCUUUACAGCUUUCAUUUGCUUUGUCGGGUUUAGAGUUUUCUCAGUUUAUAAAGACGCACUGUUUCAUAUACACUAUGCAUAUUUGACUGUUUAUAUUUGCAUGAUUAAACCAGGCAUAGGAAAACUAUGCGUAUCAACCACUUACCUCCAUCACUGUUUUGGCAAACUGUGUUUAAUUGUUGUGUUUGGGACAUGCUUACUCUAAAUAUUGUUUAACCUGUUGCUCCUUCACCAUCCUGAUCCUGCGUAGAUCAUUAAUGCACAAGUCUCAAAAAGGCCAUCGUUUUGCUUGUAUUCAAAUAUAAAUAGGUCUUUAGUUUAUUCAGAUUGUGAAUCUAAAAUCACUGAAUUGAACCUGAAUUUGUUGAGGGGGAAAAUGUACUUUAAAAAAAAAGAUGUUUGCUUACAAGCAGAGGGUCACACGUGGUUUAGACAAAUGUUUGUCUUAAAAUGAUUAAUAUAUACGUUCGUCUGACAUCUAAACCAUCAUCGGUGGUAUCCUGGGCUGUUUAAACUGGGGUGAUCAUUGAUGAUGAUCUAGACCUCACAAGGCAAAUGUUUAACUCUGCACUUUAUUAAAUGUGUGACAUUUUCAAAUACUAUCUUCCAUUAAAAUUGUUAUUCUCUGAA